CACUAUUCAUUCACGCGCUCAUAAGUUUGAAGCAAAGCCUCGACUCUCAGCUCAACUCCACCUGUCCGUUACUGAGUAACACUGCUGCCACUUUCUUAAGGAAAUCUAUAGCACAGCUCUUGUAGACGAGCGUCUUGCUAUGAGGACUGUCGGGAGGCGAUAAGCGUGCUGUCCGGUACGAGUUAUUUUGGAGUAAUUUUCGAUUGAGAGGAGAGUCUUUGUGGACAUUUGAGUGCGCGCGCUCGUCGCUGAAGAAUGUCGCGCGACCCGGAGGAGGUGAAUAAGCUGACCGAGAGCACUUACAAGAAUGUUAUGGAUCAGUUCAACCCGGGGUUACGUAACCUCAUAAACCUGGGAAAGAGCUACGAGAAAGCCGUUUCAGCCAUGGCUCUGGCUGGGAAGCAGUACUUUGAUGCUGUAUCUAAGAUCGGGGAGAACGCAGCCGUGUCUCCAGUGUCCAGGGAACUGGGGGUCGUCCUGAUGGAGAUCUCAGACGUCCACCGGAAAGUCAAUGUAGAACUGGAGGAGAACUUCAGACGGUUUCAUCGGGAGGUUAUUUCAGAGUUGGAGAGGAAGACAGACAUGGAUGUGAAAUACAUGACGGCCACAUUCAAGAGAUACCAGACCGAACACAAGAUGAAGCAGGACUCGCUGGAGAGAUCGCAGUCAGACCUGAAGAAGCUCAGGAGGAAAAGUCAAGGAAAGAACGCCUCGAAGUAUGAGAGUAAAGAGAACGAGUGUCUUGAGACUCUCACUCACCGUCAGAUGGACAUGCAGAAGUUCAUCGCUGACGGCUGUCGAGAGGCUCUGCUGGAGGAGAAGAGGCGCUUCUGCUUCCUGGUGGACAAGCACUGCAACUUCUCCAUCCAGACCACAGCUUUCCAUGACAAGGCUCGAGAGCUUCUGUCAGAGAACCUGAUCGGCUGGCAGGACAAAUGCAGUGACGCCACCAAUGUCCCCGACAGCGUGAUGUCCAUGAUUGAAGGUCUGCGCACUCCAGUGGCCAACACUCCUCAGGCGUCUCCGUCCCUCCAGCGCCACAGCAGGUCCAACUCGGAUGCAAUGAUUCCGGCGCCUCCGUUGCCGCCUCAGACGAGUCCUCUGGCCAGCAUGUUCAACCCAGAGUCCUCCAGACAGGAGAGAGAGUCUGACUACAACAACGAGGACAAUGGAUUGUCCAGGUCUGUGUCGAUGGCCACAGGCCUCAAUCUCACAGACAAAAGACCCAAAGUGCGCACCAUUUUCCCCCACAAGUCUGGAAACAACCAAACGCUGCUGAGCUUUGAAGAAGGAGACAUCAUCACACUGCUGAUUCCCGAUGAGAGGGACGGCUGGCUGUACGGAGAGCUGCAGAACACCAGACAGCGGGGCUGGUUUCCAUCAUCUUACUGUCGUGCAUUCACAGAGCCAGCAGUAAAUAACAGUAUUGUUGGAAACCCUCCGAUGCGCAGUAAGAGCGUGGCCAACCUCAUGCACCAGGACCCAGAGGACUACAUGAUGGCUCUGCCUCCAGCGGACUACAGCGACCCGCCCGCCAGGAGAAACUCCACCAAGAGUCUGAUGCAGACAUACACCCCACACACUGGAAACUCGGUCCCUCUGUCAAACGGGCUGCCGAAGCAUCCCAUCCUAGGGGGAGGAAAUCCAUUCGCUACGGUAAAACUUCGGCCCACGAUCACCAAUGACAGAUCAGCCCCCGCCAUCUGAUCGACACCACCGCUGGCCUUCAUGCACUACAGUGAACACACACACAUUCCCACAGGGCUCGCUGGAUUCAGACCGAGACCCUCCGCUGAGGAUGCUGGGAUUCACAGUAACACACUUAAGCACACAGACACUACAUACUGUUGAACCACUAUUUAUGCCUGUCCCCUUAAAACCUCCCCCCUCUCUCUCUCUCUCUCUCUCUGUGAGGGAGAGAGAGAGAGAUAACAUAUACUAGUUAUACAUUUUGAAUGUGUGUGUAUAUAUAGAGAAAGAAUCAAUGUAUAUGCAUUUCGCUGUAAGGAUCACUAGUCAGAGUGUCAUUCUGUAAAUACACGAGAGAUUAUGAGUGUGCUCUUAACUUUUUCAAAUCAUUGUCUAAAGUUUUUUUUAUAUAUAUAUAUAUUUACACUAGAUGGGAUCCUGCUUUAGCAGAAAGGUCCUGAUGAUAGUGAUGUGAACCGAAAUGCUGUUGAC